AAGCCAAACAGUAGGCAUACUUAAUAUUUCUGAUACUUGUGUGUGCUGUUGGCGAACACUAUUCUCCCACAAUGCAGCUUGGACGACUGAGGUGACCACAAAGAGAGCGUUUCUGCUGCGGAGCUACUGCUAUCAGCUUUUAAUCUGAAACAAAUACAGUAGGUGUUCAAAUAUGUUAUGUUCUACAUAAAUAGACAUUGAAACUGUUGUGAAAGGUGCUAACAUUUGCUAACUGUCACUAAACACAAAGUACAGCUGAGAAUGAUGGGAAAUGUCAUUCAUUUUGAAGAUAUUUGGUCAUAAGCCAAAGUAAUGAACAAAUUAAGAUUUUGACCUGAUGAUGAAAAGUUUAGGUUGUUAAAAUUCAGGGAAAUAUGCAUGUCUGUACCAAAAACAGAUAUUGGUAGAGAGUGCUGGAGAAAGUCAGAGGAUCAAAAAAGUGUUUUAGGAUAAAUCUUGUGUCGAAAAACCACAGGAGCUAAAUGUAGAUGAAAGAUUGUUAACAGUUUGCACAGAAGUCCAUUAAGUCUGCAGUUGUAAAUGUUAAUAAUUAUGAAUGGAUUUUGGUCCAGAUGACCCCUUUCAAGAGGAUAAGUGGUCAAACGGUCCAUUUGUGAGGUGUUCUUGUUGAAUUAACGAGCAAGUUCGUGCUGGAGGAACAUUAACCCCAUCCAGAACCCAAACAUUGUUCCUAAUAAUCAGAAUCAGAUUUAUUGCCAGGUAGGUUUUUACACAUACAAGGAAUUUGUCUUUGUGCAUUGGUGCUUAAAAUAUACAAUCACGCAAAAUAUAUAUGUCAUACAAAAAUAUUCAAAUCAUACAAAAAUCACGCAAGAAUAAAGUACUUUUUAAAAAUAGAAAGAUAAGAAAAGAUAAGAAGACUGUACAGAAGAUAGGAGUGAAUUAAUUUAAUAAUGGCUUUUAACUCAUCCAUAAAGCCUUAGUGUAAUUUAUUAAAUUAUAAAAGCCUUCAAAACAGGUCACUUACCAUAAAGUACUAAUUCAACAUACAUGAACUGUGUCUUGUUGAGAGAACUGUGCAUGCACCUCCAUUGACAGAGCUUGCCCUGGCAACAAAAAAUAAGCCUCAAUAAGCAGAAAGGCUAUUUCAAAUGAAAUUGUGUACCAAAAAUUGCAAUGUGCCACCAGAUCUGCAACACAACAUCAGCAAGACCAGUCGAGGUGCUUUCAGAAGUGGUUCUGUUUGAAGGUAUAAAGCUCAAGGAUGUGGCUUUGUGGUUUCCUUUGCUUUUGGCCACAUAGUUUGCUUUUAGUUUAAUACAUACUUCCUCAAAGUUUUUUCACAUUCAGGCUCAGACUCACAUUCAGCUACACCACACCAUUACCCAUUUGUCGGAUAAGAAGCACAAUGGGUGUGGGAGAAGUGAUCUACAUGUUGCUGGAGGUGCUCAUUGCUGUUAGCUGCUGUCUUGGUAAUUUACUGGUUAUUUUGGCACUGUGGACCAGUAAAAGCAUUCAUCAGCCUACCUUCUGCCUUAUUGUCUGUCUGGCUGUGGCUGACUUUAUGGUUGGCUGCGUGGCCAUUCCUUUGGCCGUGUUGAUGGAUCGACAAGUGAGGACUUCAUUCCACGGCUGCCUCUUCAUCAGCUGUGUGGUCAUCCUGUUGACCCUAGUCUCAAUUUUGUCUCUCACUGCUAUUGCAGUGGACCGAUACCUCCGUGUGUAUUUCCCCCUCAGGUACAAGAGGACUGUAACACAGAGACAUUCUUGGCUUGUGGUAGCUGCAUGUUGGCUUGUUGCUGUACCACUGAGUUUUGCUCCCAUGCUUGGGUGGUACAACCAGGAAACUUUGUCUAAGUCGGUCAACUCUAGAAUUGUCUGUCAGUUUAUAGCAGUGAUCCCCAUGUCAUACCUGGUUUACUUUAACUUUUUUCUCUGUACCCUCACCCCUUUAUCAGUGAUGACUGUAUUGUAUGGCUACAUUUUCUGCAAUAUUCGAGGAAGUCUUCGAGAGAAACCAGGCAACGGUUUCCAACGGUGUCAGAACUACCUAAGGAAAGAGAAACAGCUGGCAGGAUCUCUGUCUCUGGUCUUGGCUCUGUUCGCUCUGUCCUGGCUCCCUCUCCACAUAAUGAACUGCAUUGCUAACUUUAGUGAGCCGAAUUAUGUACCAGUAACAGCUUUCUAUGUCGGCAUCCUGCUUUCUCACACUAACUCAGCUGUAAAUCCGGUUGUGUAUGCGUUCAAAAUACAAAAGAUCAAAACUGCGUACCUGAAAAUCUGUAGACGUGUUUUCAAUGUGGAGAAGAAAAUGACAGAUGACAGACAACAAUCUCAGUAUUAACAUGAACAGUGUGGCCAAAACAGAGUGAAGAAAUAUUAACUUUGUGUUUGUGUGCUUCUUUGUUCUUAAUGGCUAUAUGACUAUACAGGGACAUUUUCUUUGACUUCAGAAAUUCCUAUAUUUUCUGUAUUUUAUUGGUUAUGUUAUCAGUUGCACUGUGUUUUUAUAGGUUUGUUGUAAGCUGUGAGCCCAUUGUUUUUUCACUUUAGUUUUGCAGUUUGUUCUGUGCAUGUAUUUGUGUAGUUACUUCCUGUCUAUCAUAAACUAAAGAUUCACAUGUAUAGAUUCAAUCUCUAAGCUAAUAGAAGCUGGGUUUAAUGCUCUCUGUAUGUUGAACUGUGCACUGUGUCUCUGUAUUGGACACAAAAUAUAAUAUUCUUAAAAGUCUCUGAAUAAAACCGGAAACAAGUGUACUUCCCCAAAUGUGUUCAAUUAAAGCCUAAAAGGAAGUGAGAUCUUCUGUGACACAUCUGACAGACAAAAAUACUGAUGAGUAGACAUGUAGCAUAAAAUCACCAGAAGCUUGUAGUAUGUACAGAAUAUUUUCAGAACCCAAACAAACUAUGUAUGUUAACCAACUUUCAAGCAUUUCUCUUUGCAGCUUGGCACCAGGCUUUUAUUUUCAUAAGACACUGUAGCAGCUAUUUCAUUAUUUUUAUUAUUAUUUGUUAUUUUUGCAUUUGUUUGUAUAUUAUUUUGUAGUCAAUAGGGGGCACUAAGCACUCGACCAAGCACUUGUAAGGAAAAGGAUAAAAUAGCUUUAGUUAAGUUAGUGUAAGUGUCAGGGAAAGCACCAGGAAGGGAUAUGUUUGUUUUUUUUACUUGUAUGUUUGCUCUUGAACUGUAAAAUAAAUCAGCCUUCAAACCUGAA